AUGAAAAAUAGUAAUGAGAGAUCUAAAUAUUUCCUACCUCUUUUAAAGGAUUAUUCUAAAGAGAAAGCUCAAAAAUUAAAAUCCUUUUUCAAAUCAAAUCGUAGUAUAUCAGAAAACAAAAUGGUAGAAACUAAAUUCAAAGCUUAGAAAUUAUUGAUUGAUAAUUAAUUUUCAAAUGAUCACAGUCUUGUUGCCUAUUAUAUAAGGAGUAGUGAAAAAUUAACUGACAUGAGAUAAAUUCUAACCAACACUUCUGUCUAAUCUGAUUAAGGAGCAACAAAAAAAAAAUAUUUUCCUUUGGGCUUAUUAAAACAUAGGUUCUCUCCUAUUGACUAAGGCAAAAAAGAAACUUUAGAAGUUAAUGAAGAUGUUUCAAAAGAAUUAAUCGAGACUGAAUAAUAAUUGAUACAACAAGAAAACAGCUAUGAGUAUGAUGAUGAUGAAGAUAUAUUAAGUAAGAUAAGUAGUGAAGAAGAACCUAAAAGAUUUAAUGGAGUUGAAUUAUAGCAUGAGAUUAAGAAAAUCUAAUAGAAACUAAGUAAAUUGAAUAGCUAAUUAAUUUAGAUCAUGAAAUAGAUUAAUCCUAUUUUUAUUUUAUAAAACGAUAAGAUAGAUUAAAAGACUUAGCUAUUAAUUUCAAUAAGAAAAAUGUAGAUCCGAUUCAUUUUUACUGUCUAAAUGAUAAUAUAUUCCCAAAGAGAAUUGAUUUAUCUAAUUGUCUAGUAAAUGACAAGGAAAUGCAUUUUUCAGAUCUUGGUCUAACUGAGAAAUAUUUUCCUUUGAUCAAGAAUUUAUUAUAGUCAGUAAAAAGUAAAAGCGUUAAGCAAUUAUUUUUAUGUAAUAAUCAAUUAGAUGACAAAUCAUUACUCUACUUAAUAGAAGGAUUUCCACUUUCCUUAAAAGAGAUUAAUUUAGGAAAUAAUAUUCUUGGUAGAAGAGGAGCUUUAAUAUUAUCUAAUCAAAUUUAGAAAUUUACUAAUUUAAAAUCUUUAAAUUUAUAAAAUAAUUUAUUAGCAGACAAAGGUGUUAUUGUUCUUUUAAAUAGCUUUUAGAAGAGCAUAACCCUGCUUAAAUUAAAUUUAUCAGAAAAUUAAAUAACAGAUUCAUGUUCUACAUCAUUUUAUUAAUUUUUUAUGCAAAAUAAUUAUUUAGAGAUAUUGAUAUUAAAUUGGAAUUAAUUGGGACCUUCAGCAGGUGCAAUGAUAGCAAAAGGUUUAUAAUAAAAUAGAUCAAUUAAAGUUCUUGAUAUGAGUUACAAUCAUUUAGGUUAGAAUGAAAGAAGCAAUUUUAUUUAAGCUUUAUGUGAGGCUAUUUAAAAUCCAUAGAUUACUUUAGCACAUUUAGAUAUCUCUUAUAAUUAAUUAAGUUAAAAAUAAUUGCAUUUAUUCAGUAUAGCCUUACAAAAGAACAAUUCUUUAUAUGGUUUACAUGUUGAAGGAAAUAAAUGUUCUGCUAGAGUAAAUCCAUAUGGUUUUAUAUAAUUUACAAAUGAUAGCGAAGAAUUUAAAGUUGUCUAACAAAAGAAAACUGCAAUAGAUGGUGUAAAUUACAUUCCAUAGUAAGGAGAUAACUUAUUUGGUAAUGAUUGUUGUUGGAUUUGUCAAGGAUGGAUGGAAUAUAGAUUUUAAUACAUUCCAGAAAAUGAUAGCAAUUAAGAUCCAAUAUUCAUUCAUUUAGAUUUCUUAGAGUAAUUACUGUCAUAACUAUUAGUUAUUAGCCAAUCCCUAUGACAAGUAGUUAUGAAUUGAGAUAAUAAAUGAUAGAAGCUUAAAAAAGAAAGAGUAAUUAUUUUGAUUUGACAACUGGAGAGAUAAUUCAUUAAUUAAAAUAAUUAGUAAAUACUGAUAAGAGAAUUACAUUAGCAGCUAUUACUGAAGCUUAUGCAGAAGAGACAAAUAAUAAGAGUGAAGAGAUAACAAAAUAGAUGAUUUAAGAAUUAAGUAAAUUUUAUUAUACAACUUACUAAAUGUGUCCUCCAAAAAGAAAGAUUUUAUUCUUUUUCUCAAAUCCAAUAAAGGAAGAAUAUUUUAUAGAUCCAAGAGUUAUGAAUAUGCCUGCUCCUUUAGAUGAUGCUAUUUUAUAAGGUAAAGAUCCUAAACAUGGAGUUCAUAUAUUCUCAGAUGGUACUAAAUUAGCUUUUACCAAAAUUUAAUAAGUAAAUUAUAUUUUUUCAAGACAAGAAUACAUUAUAGAUGAUAAGGAUAACUAUAAACCUUUAAUUAAAGUAUUUCCCAGAUCUUCUUAAAAGAAAUAUGUUUUAAGAAGAUUUGCAAAUUUUUUAGUCAGAAAAUAAGCUCAUCUCAUUAAAUGGCAUAAAGAGGAUUCUAUAUUUAGACCAUUUAAUGGAGAUACAGAAGAACUUUUAAAUGAAUGUUUUGAAUUUGAUUGGAAUUGUAGUAAAAUUAGUCGUUUUGUAAAAAGUGAUUAUGAGAAAUUAAAAUUAAAGGAAUAUUUUAGAGAUUAAUAUUAAUUAAUAAAAGAUAUCUAUAAAUUUUAUUCAAGUGUUGGAUAUUAACCACCUACUUUUGAUGUUUUUUGUAUUUAAUUUCCAUAAUAUAUGAAAUUAAUAAAUAAACUAGAUAUUAUAGAUGGAGAUCUAUUGAAAUCAUAAGAUGUUGAAAUAGACAUUGUUUCAUUAAAAAAUAAUGUUGAUCCAAAACAUAUUUAUAAUCCAGAAAAAGCUAUAAUACGAUAUUAAUUCAUGGAGAUGUUCUUUCGUAUUGCUAAUGACAAAUAUGUCAGAACUGAUAUUUAUAAAAGUUAUGCUGAUGCAAUUUUUAGAUUAUUGAAAGAGUUUAAAGAAUAAUAUUUAUGUUUUGAUCUAAUUUAAGAAUGGAGAUCUUGUAGAUUAUGGACUAAGGAAUGUGAUCAUUUAUUAUAAAUUAAAAUGCCUUUUAUCAAAAAACUCUAUGAUUAAGUCACUGAUAUUACUAAUAGAAAAUGGUAUUUUAAAUUAAAAUGGAUAUCUAUUCGAGAAUUUAAAGAAUUUUGUAAAUAGUUUAAUCUACAUGAAUAUUUGUCAGAAAAACUAUAAGUUAUUAUCUAUAAUUUUUCAAUGAUGACCCAAAUUGAUGAACUUACCUUAGAUAGGAAUAUUAGAAUGACUUUUAUUGAAUUUGUUGAAGCUCUUGGAAGAAUUGCUGAAAGAAUUAGUCCUGCUCCUAUUUCAGAAAAUGCUGACUCAUACAAUUUAUUAUAAAGAUAACAAUUGCCUUUACAUGUUAAAUUAGAAACUCUUCUUACUUAUUUAUAUUAUUAAAUGAAAUCCAGAGAUUAUGAAUAUGAAUAAUUUUGUGAUUUAUUUGUCUACUAUAAACCUGAAUAAUCACCUAAGAGCAGCUUUCCUAAAAUUGAUAAAACUAAAAAAUUAGAUAAAGAUCAUGAUUUUCAUAAUGAUUUAUCCACACUUACAAUUUAUAAUACUGUUUAGUAUUUAAGUAAAUUUUAAUAUUAAUUCAAGGUUAGAAUAAAUAGCCGUAUUUAAAUCCUAAAUAUAAAUAAUUUUUAAAGUAAAACAUCAUAUAGACAUCUCCUAUUCGUCCUUUUUAACACAUAUUCUAAAGUGAUAAAAUCAAAAAAGCUAGAUUGUAACCAGAAACAUACAACUUAGAAACAAGAUUAAAUUAAUCAUAAUUUAAGGCUCAAAGUCCAAACAUUCAUACAACUCUCUCUUAAAAUGCAUGA